UCCAAAGGACGUUUAAAAUGACAGUUCUCAAACCUGCAAUGUUAGUUUCAAUUUAUUUAAUUCUAUUUUGUGGUCGGUGUGUUUUCGGAAUAAAAGAACCUUCUUUAACGGUGGCGGAAGCGGAUGAAUAUCUUCGUAACCACUCUCGUAUUUUCACACCGGCUCGUGUCAUUGACGUCACAGAUGGGGUAUAUUGUGCCAUCGGUUACGGGAUUGGAAACAUGAUUAUGGUCGAAGGUACGGACGGCGUGAUUAUAAUUGACACAACAGAGUCAAACGACGCUGGUCGGGCCGCUUAUUCAGCAUUGAGGGAAAAAUCCAAUAAACCGUUAAAGGCGAUUAUUUUAACUCAUUUUCAUGCCGAUCACAUCACUGGUGCGAGAGCUUUGUUGGAAGACGCUUCCCAAAGAGGUUGGAAAGUUAAUGUUUACGCGCAUUCAAGCACGAGAAACGAAAUUGCAAGAGCAGACUCCGUGUAUGCGACCCGUUUUCGCAGAGCAGUCCGGCAGUUUGGACAUAUACUUGUCCCUAACUUGGAGCGAAUAAACUGCGGACUUGGAUUGGCAUAUGUGAGGAAUAGACAACCUGUCAAUCAAACUAUUUCACCAACACACACGUAUGAAGACAGAAAGACCUUUACUGUUGCGGGAAUUACAUUCGAUCUUAUCCACACUCCUGGCGAGACGAACGAUCAAACAACUGUCUGGAUACCAGAAAAGAAAGCCUUCUUCCCAGGCGACAACAUUUACCAAGCAUUUCCGAACUUAUACGCUAUCCGUGGUUCACCACACAGAGAUGUAAAGAGCUGGUAUGAGAGCAUGGACUUUUUAAAAAGCCUCAAUGCAAAAUAUAUGGUACCGUCUCACACUGCACCGGUAACUGGCGAGGAAGAGAUUUCAGAUAUUUUGACUAAAUACAGGGACGCUAUUAAGUUCAUAUAUGACCAGACUGUACGGUACAUCAAUAAGAACUAUGAACUGGGCGCGAUAGUUGACAAAGUAAGCCUUCCACCGACCCUAGCUUCCCAUCCAUAUCUACUUGAGUUUUACGGAUCAGUAGAUUGGUCUAUACGAACUGUAUACUCAGGUCUGCUCGGAUGGUUCGACGGGGAUGCUGCGAAUUUAAAUCCGCUUACUAAAAGAGAAAGGGCAAUACGGAUGACUAAUCUCAUUAACAACGCAACCGAAACGACUUCCGCUUUGUCAAAGUUCGUGAUUGCCGCACGAAACAGUUUAAGAAUUUCCGACGCGAAUUUUUCACGGACUGGGUAUCAUUUAAGGGCAGAACUGCAGUGGGCCCUCGAAUUAGCAACAAUGGCAAUCAACACUGGUUUUGUGGAUGAUCCUGGUUAUCAAGAAGCACGACAAGUCAAAAUAGACGCACUGGCAAAGUUAGCUGUGUUGAGAUUGAGUGCAACUGAACGAAACUACUAUUUAACUGUAAGAAAAGAAACGCAGCUUAACAUUAACAGUGUCGUAAGUCCAAGAACGUUGAAACCAUGGUUCGAGACACGAAUGGACCCUCAAUUCAUGGCUGAAUAUCCCUUGAGGUUUAACGCGGAGAUUUGCAACGCUACGAUAUUACUGGCAGUCAAAUUCUAUUUUACUGAUGUAGGAAACACAUACGGUUACACCAUACGAAACUGUGUUGCAAAUCUCGAAGAAACCAGAAACCGCUCGUAUGAUGUCACAGUUGUAACGUCUUACGUUCUUUGGCGCGACAUAGUGGUCGGAAAUAGAGAUAUUUUAUCUUCUUACAUUACGGGCCAAAUUGAGUUAAAAAGUAAAACUUGGUGGGGAGGACUUAUAACUUUGAAAACGUUUCUGGAUUUAAUGGACCGAGAUGAGUUUAUAGCGUGAAUGGCCCGGUUAAAUGUCUUCACCGUUAUCAAGCACAAAACGAAAAAAACAUCGAGUAGCGUUAGUGAAAAAUACUGACGCUACCUUUCAAUAACUCGCAAUACUAUUGGAGUGACUAAACACACCUGUAUGCUGUAUCGGCAAGCAAGCUUUUUUUAAGUUUACUGUAUGGGUUUAAUGCUAUAAAAAAUACAAUAACAGAUGUGGAACAA